GCUGUGAUUGGUUCAUUCGUCUGCGUUAUUGUGCUGUUGUCAGUGUUGUGUGGCCCAGUGGGAGUUCCCAGCUCACUCCGACGCUAACAACCAAGAAGAGAAACGUGACUGGUUACGUAACAUGUCGUAACGUGUAAUUUGCUCCACCGGUUGUUGCUGCUGCUGCUAGGCGUCCGAGGAGCAACUAAACAGUUUCUUUUGUAGCUGUUUUUUGGAAAAGACGACGGCAUAUCACAUUCACAGCUGACACUUUGCACUGCAUGUUUCAAGACAGCGUCGAGCUGACGGCGACAAUAGGUGGAAAGGUGGAGAAGAGAGGCCAAAGGCAGGCCCUGAUCAUGGCCGCAGUCCAUCACCAGGGGCACCCUCUUACAAACUCACUUCACUGGGAUGAAACAGAGUGCCUAAACUACUAUGGGAUGCUGUCUCUUCAUGAAAUCUUUGAAGUAGUUGGUUCUCAUCUGACCGAGACUGACAUUGAAGUGCUGUCAUUCCUUCUAAAUGAAACCUGUACUGCACCACACCCUCUUGAUCCAGCAGGCUGGACAGUUGAGCCCUGUGAGGGUGAUUCAGAUGACCUCGGAGUGUCCCCAAGCCCUGAGCUGCUGAGGGCCUGGAGGCGUUUAAAGCCUCAGGCCUCGCAUCGUCCCUUAGUGGCCUCAUACAAGCCCAAGAGUGGCCUUGAGCUGUUGCUAGAGCUUGAGAGGCGAGGAUACCUCAGUGAUGGUAACUUGGAGCCACUUCUGCAACUGCUAAGAGUCCUCACCCGUCAUGAUCUGCUGCCUUUAGUGUCCCACAAGAAAAGGAGGACAGUAUCUCCAGAGAGAACUGGACGGAGGUAUGGAACAGAGAACAGACAGUUUGUGUGUGUCUCUGGAAUGCAACACAGCUGUAGACAGACAGAAAUACCUCUUCCAUCUUUCACACAGCAGUUGAGAGCCGGUAUUUACCCUCCUGUGCCUGGGCCAUCCACUAGAAGGAGGAGGAAAAAGAGGGGAAAUGGCUGGAGCCGUAGGCCCAAGAAAACAAGCAGACAGGGCCAGCCACUGCCUUCAGUGCCAUUACCAUUACCAUCACAUAAAGUGUCCUGUGAUAUCCGCCUUCGUGUCCGGGCUGAAUACCUGGAGCAUGAGUCGGCACUCCGCAGCGGCGUGUCCUCAGACAAGCGGCAGCCACUCGAGAGGCAGUUUGAGCUGUUCAGCCAGGCCACUUCGCUGCUACGAGCCAGGGACCUGGGUUCCAUUGUCUGCGACAUCAAGUUCACAGAGCUGGACAACCUUGAGGCCUUCUGGGGUGACUAUCUAAGUGGAGCUCUGUUGGAGGCCCUGAAGGGAGUCUUCAUCACUGACUCCCUGAGGAUGGCAGCUGGCACGGAAGGCGUCCGCCUGCUGAUCAGUGUGGACCAGGACGACUAUGAGGAGGGCAGAAGGCUGCUGAGGGCCAGAAGGAUGCUGUCAUCCAGUAAUGGUGGGCGCACAGAGACUCACUGGGCUGUGUAGGCUGAUAAGACUCUUUGGGCUGUAUUAUAUUGACUUUUGAGGGAUGGAAUUGUAAGGAAUGCCAUUGAACGUUACAGAGACAGCCAAAUUUGGAAGCAUUUUAAGGCCUUCUUUUGUAGUUGCAAUUAAUGUAAUAACCACUAGAUGGCAGCACUUACCAUUGGUUGUUUGUGUUUAAUAACAGGCCCCUCCUUUUUCAGAGUAGUCGGUCAGUUUUAAGUUGAAACAUGACCGUUACUUGUGAGAGAAAAAUGAAUAAUAAUGGAUCAAUGUGCUUUUCCUUUGGAUUCAUGCACAGGUGCUACUUUGUAGGACACCAGGAUGAAACAGGAUAUAUCAAGAUUUUUCUUCUUAGUCUCAGUGAGAACAGGAGCAAGCACGCCUGUGCCACAAGAUCAAGUGGUAAGCCCCUCAUAACAUAAUAAAUAUGAUUAUAAAUAAAGUUAAGACACCUGGGCUGCCACGAAUGAUAACAAAUAUUGCUUUAUUUUGACGCAUUUAUGUGUUCAUGGUCAAGGUUGAGACUACACACAAACACAGACUUAAUGGGCCACAAUUGUACCAAGUAUUUAUUGCACAUUUUGUUUGUAUUAUUUUUAGACAAUGGACAUCAAAAUUCCAACAUGGCUCUCUCAAACUGACCCACUAUACCCAACAAAUUGCACUUUAAUGACGUCAUGUAAUAAUGUUAACUUGCACUGACACCAGCCUAAUCAAUACUAAUUUAAAGCCGAAAAUAACCUGCCGGGAGAAGUUUCUCAUCUUUGAAAAAUGUGUGAGAGAAUUGACCUCGAAUGGAAAAGUGGACUGCACUCAGCACAAGUUGACCUUUGGUCUAACUUUGGAGAGUGUAGUCCACAUAUACACACCUAGAUAACAAACGCUUCUCAGCUCUGUAGGCCAUGAUAACUCAAGUUGUGAUUGCCGUGGUCAGUGGAUACAGCAGUUGCCAGUAGAUGACAGCAGUGAUUAGGGCUAGGCCUCAGCAGACCAUGGAGGAUUCAUCAUCACAAGCUUGUCAACAGCAACUCGGAUAAUGCAGUGGUGGCUUGUGUCCGGGCUUCCAGCGAGGCCGCGGCAAGUGCUUCUCUUGGCAAGUAAAGCACAGGACAGUGCGUCGGUCAAUAGAACUGAUGUUGGGGAGAUCAAAAUCAAAAGUGCACAUCCCAGCUCCACUCAGCCCUGCUAUGUAGGCCCAGUAGAGUGGCUCACGGACAGCUGUCUACUCACCCUGCUGGAACUAAUGCCUGGACUUCACUCAUAGAAGACGAUCAAUAAGGCCCCUCACUCUAAGUCCCUUCAUACAGGCACGACUUAAGCAGGCAGACUUGCUACUGUCUGAAGUGCAGAGCACUGCUGGGCUGGGCAGAGGGAGCGACAAGGGAUAUAUUUCCAUGUUUACUUUUGUGUUUUUUGUAAAUGAAUUGUUAUUAAUGUAUGUUUGCAUUGUUAAUAACAGGAAAAAAUAACAUAAUUCAGGAGAUUAUUUGUUAAGAAAAUUUCCUUUUGGUACAGCAGCUCUUUGUGGAAAUCUUUGUAUAUUAGAAAUUAUUUCUGGUGAUGAAUAAAGGUUGGACAGCCUAAA